AGCACAGCUCUGAUGAGCUUUUCGAGAUACGGAGUAGACCUUUCUUGAAACUUGCAUGCGAGUGUUUUGUUUUUCUGGAGUAUCUUGUUCUUUUGGAAGCGAACCGUUGCAUCGCCCGCAAUGAGUGGAAGAAACAGUAUCACGAUGGAUUCGUUUUCCAUCACAACCGACUGCAUCGAGGUUGGCAAUACCAUAUCGAGGGCCUCGCUGGUGUUAAACGAAUUUGUUCGAGAAGUGCGAGAAGCACGAGCCGAUUUGGACAAUGUUUCUCGAGAGUUACAUUCUUUGCAAAGAGUUUUGGAUUUGCUAAAGGACGACGCUGGGGCUUUACCUUUGAGGGUUGCGACCGAGACGCCAGCCUUGCUACAGCAGUGUAAUCGAGUCGUAAGUGAACUAGACGCCGAUCUGUUGGCUUUAGACGGAAGCGCUUUAUCACGGCCACAAAAACGGUCGCAAUGGAUUUCAGUAGGCAAACAACAAAUUGCCGAACUGGUGCCAAUCAUCGAGGUGCAUCGAACCAUGUUAGGGUUGGCGCUGGAUCUUGUCGGAGUUACACAUGGUCGCGAACUGCACGAUAGCUGGGGUCAGGAAAACUACGACAGCACGGAGAAUGAAGAAAGGCAAGCGGAAGUUCGAAAUGAAGCGUUUCGAAUAGUGGAGGAAAUGAACCAGAUACAAGAGAAGAGAUCCGAUCUAUUUGAGCCCAGUGGUCUCUUCCCUCGCUUAUCAACACAUCUUGUGGCUCUGAAGAUCUACGCCAACUCCUUAAUACCUAACAAAGACGAGGAAGAUGGUGUAAUUUUGGGUGAAGCGACGACAGUAGGCUCAUCUGUAGAGGAGACGCCAGACAGUGCGAUCGAGGUCAACGACGAGUCUUCAUUCAGGGACUUCCACACACCACCGGAUACUUCAUUUCAUGCGGACAACGCAUCGCACACCGAGUCACCUGUACUCGAAGCUCGUACAGCCUCCCAGUACAUUCAAGACGUCAACGAUUUGAUGAGUGAGAUGAUCGACGACAAUCCGAGCCGAGCACCGACUCCACCGCCGAAGGAUCUUAAACGGCUUGCCGCACGGCGGAAUACGAUGGUAUCCCCAUUCGAACCAGCCAUCACGGAUUCUGAGAACCUGUACGGUGUUGUUACCGAAAUCACGUCAGGGGGGAGAAAGCCGUCCAAUGGACCGCCGGCCUCACGAGGUCGGUUUGGCAAAUUCUUUGGGCACAUGAAAAAUGCACUAUCUGAAAGUCCUAGUGCUGCAUCUUUAUCGUCAUCGUCUUCGACCAAGUCUGCACCACGACCAAUGACACCUAUCAUGCAAGCCAGUCUCGUCCGCAGAGGCAGCAGGAGACUGUCAACAUCGAUAAAAAGACUGCCCAUGUGGAACACGGAAUUAGAAGAGCCCGAAGGACCCGCAUCUCCCGGCUCCAACGCCAUCUUUGGCGUAUCUCUGUCUAAGAGCAUGCAAGCCGCGAAAAGUCAGGCCAAAACCCACCACAGCGGUAGCGGUUCAUCUCGGCGCGAAUUCCCUCUGUGUGUGCACAAGUGCGUCAACUUUUUGCAAGCAGAAGGCAUCGAAGCACCCGAGAUCUUUGCCGAACCUGGUGAUGGCUACCGAGUCCAAAAGCUCAAAGCGUCGUUCAGCGAACCACCAAAGUAUGGUGAAGAUAUCAACUGGGACAACUAUGGGGUUUACGAUGCUGCAGAUGUCGUACUUCUCUUCCUUUCACAGCUACCAAAGCCAUUGAUUUCCGAGAGUAUCGCCAAACGAUGGAUAUCGCUGUCGAAGCAGGCAAGCGUGAGCGGCUCGCAUGGCACUCGUCUGGAUCAGAGCAUCGACUUCUGGGAUGAAUCGCUGGGGGGUUUGCGAGGCCCAGCUCGCAACUUGUUCAAGCUCUUGUUGAACUUGUGGUCCUCUAUCGCAGAUGCGGCCGACAAGAACGAAAUGACUGCCGAGAGGCUUGCGGGUGUGAUACUCAAGCCGUUGAUGCACACCUCGUCGGAGAAAUACUCGACCGAUUUCAUGCUUGCUUUGGCUUUCUUGAUCCGGAAGCGGAGCGAAUACACCAUCAUGCUGAAUGAAGGCCGGAAGAGUCGAGCCGCAUGGUGAGCUACAACACAUUUUUUGGCGAUAGCACUCUCUCAUGCACACAUCUCUCUGCGCACUCUUGCAAUGCCUUUUGCUCAAAUUCAGCAUGGCUUUAACUUUUUUUGAUGCUUCCUCCCCACGCUUUCCCAAGUUUAUUUUUAUUUUUUAUUUUGGUUUUAUUUUGGAUACGUCCCAAUGCAAUAUAUGAACAUUGAGGAGGAUAUACCCGGA